UGAUGAUUAGUGAGAUGAGUUGAGUGGUGUUGCUCGAUUGCAAGACUCAAUCAUCAUUCCAGCCAAACAUUUUUUCUCUCCGUUUUUCUGGGUUUUUAUUUGAAUUGAAAAUGCAGUACGACACUUUUUGCUCAUUUGUUUCGCUUGUUUGGUUAUUUUCGGUUUGGUUAAGUGGGUGUGUUUCGGAUGAACUUUCUGGUGUUGCGUCCAAAGUGAUGAUAACUUCAUCAUCUGCAUCUUCUUCAUCAUAUCGCUCAUCAUCACUGCCGCCAUAUCCAGUCAGUUUUUAUUGGAGUGAAGAUAAAUAUCCCAAUCCAAGGGAUGACCCAUUUGGUUGUCGACAGCCAAGAAGCUCAUUGCUGUGUGAUCCGGAUCAGAUUCUUGAUGCGAAUCAAGCGCAACUAAUUCGUGACCUUCUCGAACAAAAUCGACGUUCGACAAAAUGUUUCUGCGAGAAAUGCCCAUCGGGUGAAGCUGGAAUCAAAGUGGCAGUUGCCCUGGCACGAAACAUUGACGACACUCAAUAUGGUGAUUCAUCAUCCCAGCAGUUUGCCGAUCAUCUUCGACAGAAAUGGCGUUAUUCAUUAUGCAAUGAUUCGUUAUUGUUAUUAAUGAUACAAUCAUAUCCUGCUCCCAAGUCAUCGAUAACCACUUCGUUAGGUCGAAUUGCCGAACGUUUAUUUCCGCAUCAAUUUUUCGCCGAAAUUGUACAAAAUAUUUCCAUCACAGCAACAACAACUACGAGUAACAAUGGCCUUGGCGUGAACGUUGUUCAUGGCGACAAUCACUUUCAGUUAUUACGUUCGAUGUUGACGGCCAUUACCGAUCAUGUUGAGCAGAUUGCCGACCCAUCCAUCUAUCAACGAGACGAUCAUCAAUUGCUCGCAAUGUCAGCCGUAUCCGAUACUGGUAGCCGUAACAGCAAUACGGCUAUAAUCAUUGUAGCCGUUACCACUGGAUUCAUAUUUUUUCUAGCCCUUAUAGUGGGCACCAUUCUUAUCGUCAAACGCCGUUUCCAACAGGAACCAGAUUCGGAAUUGCCUGAAAUGGAUCCACCACUUGGAUAUCAAAUGGUACCCAAUACAGCUCGUAAAUCUUUGGUUCCCGUUACAGUCGAUGACGACGACCACGACGAAAUCGACCACGAUAACAACAAUGAUAACGACCAUAAUGACAGCAAUAAUGAUGAACCGCCACCAACCCAUAUCCUAGGUGAUGAAAUGACGCCCAGAUCCUAAUGGCCUAAUAAUGAUAAUGAUUAUCUAAUUAACUUUAAAUUUAUAUGUAACCAGCACACAUUCCUUCUUUUCGAUAAAUAAAAUAAAAUUCUAUGUUGAGA